GGGGCGAGGGGCGGGGAGGGGCGGGCCUGACGCUCCAAGCCCCGGAGCAGUAGGCGCUGCGGAUGCAUCUCCGGUGACUGCGAGGGCAAGGCACCAGCAGCGGCUUCUGGACAGCGCGAUGAGUGGACGGUAACUUCCGAGUCUGCAGACAACAACAGAAGAUGAAGGAAGAUUGUCCACCCAGUUCUCACGUGCCCAUCAGCGACAGCAAGUCCAUUCUGAAGUCAGAGCUCUUAAGCCUGCUGAAAACCUACAACUGCUACCAUGAGGGCAGAAGCUUUCAGCUGAGACACAGAGAGGAAGAAGGGGCUCUGAUCAUCGAGGGGCUCCUCAACAUCUCCUGGGGACUGAGGCGGCCCAUCCGGCUCCAGAUACAGGAUGACAGAGAGCGCGUGCACCUCUCCCCCGCCUCCUGGGCACCAGGACACCCAAAGGAGCCACCUCUUCAGGAUGGCAGAGUCACUGCCCAAGAACCAGGCGCUCAGGCCGGACCCAGGGAGGAGAGUUCCAGAGACAGCUCAGAGCCCGUGGAGGAGGACGAGGAGACCCCACAGCUUAUGCGGACCAAGAGCGAUGCAGCCUGUGUGAUCCAGAGGCGGCCCAGGUGCCGCGCCCCCGGUGAGGCCCAGAGGAUCCGGCGACAUCGGUUCUCUAUCAACGGGCACUUUUACAACCACAAGACCUCCGUGUUUACUCCUGCCUAUGGGUCCAUGACCAACGUGAGAGUCAACAGCACCAUGACCACCCUGCAGGUCCUCACCCUGCUGCUGAACAAGUUCCGAGUGGAAAAUGGUCCCAGUGAGUUUGCACUCUACAUCGUUCACGAGUCUGGGGAGAGGACAAAAUUAAAAGACUCUGAGUACCCGCUGAUUUCCAGAAUCCUGCACGGGCCCUGUGAGAAGAUUGCCAGGAUAUUCCUGAUGGAAGCUGACUUGGGCGAGGAAGUCCCCCACGAAGUCGCUCAGUACAUUAAGUUUGAAAUGCCGGUGCUGGACAGUUUUGUUGAAAAAUUAAAAGAAGAGGAGGAAAGAGAAAUAAUCAAACUGACCAUGAAGUUCCAAGCCCUGCGUCUGACGAUGCUACAGCGCCUGGAGCAGCUGGUGGAGGCCAAGUAGCCCACCAGCACCUGCCUCUUCCGAAGCCCCCAGCAGCCAGCGCACUCUGAGCGCUGGUGGCCGGGCCCUGAUUGUCACACACAUUGGUCACACUGGCUGAGGAAUCCAGCACCCGUGUUUCUACCUGUCCACCUGCCUAGGUAGCGUGAGUCCCAUGUCCCUGGCUCUUGGCUCCAAGGUGAGCACUCACAGUGCCCAGACCUAAGCCUGAGGAGCCAGGAACUUGCUGGGUGGGGUCUGCGUGUGAGACUGGCCUGGGCCGUGAGCAGCCCUGAAGCUGUGACAUGGGCCACUUAUAUAGCUGCAUAGCAUGGCCAGUUCUGUUCACUCCACACGUCUCCUGCUCAGGAGAGCAGGACAUGACCCUGUUUCUAGGGCGUGGGCUCCAUCUGCUCUCCCAGUGCCCAGCCCAGAACCACAAGCCCUUAUCCUCAUCAAACACAUGAGCCACUCGACCCCCGUCUGCCCUCGUCUCAUGCUGCCACUCAGAAACUCCGCUGGGUAAAGCAAGGGCUGCCAGCGGGUAUGGGGUGUGCGAUGCUCCCAGCCAUCACUUCACCAUGGCGUCCCUGGCCCUCGAGCCUCUGAUGUCACUCCAUGAGCCUCACGUAGCCCCGUGCCCCGGCAGCAGAGGUCAGACUGGGAGUAAGACCACCAGCAGCCCAUCUUCUCUCUGCAACACUCACUCUGAGCUUCCUCAGCAAGACCUGAAGGGAUUCUUACAAGGAGCUCGCUGCCAGAAACAUGUCAAUUUGAUCACAUUGAGGAGGUGACCCACGUGGCAUUGUAAAGGAUGCUGCCAGGGUGCGUGCGGGUCCAGGAGCUGUCCAGGGACCGCCGGCAGUGGCUCGGGAAGGCCGCGCUCUGCCCCGUUGCUGCUCUCCUCGGACACCUGUGUGCCUCCUGCCCUCUCUGGGUGUGCAUCCCUCCUCUCUCAAUACUUCCCAUCAAAGGGCCACCAAGGGAAAAAUGUCUGUUUGAGGAGAAAGGGCUUUGAAUUCCCUGGGGCCAGAUGCAGAACAAUCUGGGUUUGUCAGCUGAUGGAAAACAUCUGGAAUGAACAAGAAGGCAUUUGCAAAAAUUGUGUAACAGUUUACAUUGGUCAUGUGAGGUGUUUGUCCAAAACAGAGCAAACUGAAGACCAAGUUCUCCCACUGGGGCCCAUGGAUAGCGGAUUUAAAGGGAAAAAGUAUAAAGUCUCCCAAAUACAGAAAUUCAAUAUGAGGGAGAUUCCCUCGGUGCCUUGUGCAGCGCCCAUAAAGAACAGAGCCUGGGAGCAGCCGUGCCAAUGGAACCCACCGUUCAGGGUGAACUUCGCAACAGGAUUGCCCCGACCUGGCACCAUCUGCACAGAGGCAGGCGCAGAGACGCCCAGGGGAGGGUCCGCUGUAGUUUCUGCUGUCUCUGCUUGCCUUUGGCAGCAUAGUUUCCUGGGUACUCAAUAAAGGUGUGAGGUAUUGAACUGAA